UGUGCCGGUGAAGAGGAAAUAAUCACAGUGUUGCUUCCUCAUGAAUUAUUAAGAAGCCCCCCCAGCCUCUUGUAGCUUGAGUCAAAAUGCUGCAUUUUCAUCUGUGGCUUUAAAGCAAAGAGAAGCUUCGCUGUAUGUUUUUGUUGGUUUUUUUUUGGUUCUCACAGCUGGUAAGCAGGACUCGUAAGCGUGCCGAACAAGUGCUCAGAUGAGCAGUCCGAGCGCAGCACCAGGAGCAUCAGUGCUGGAGAGCUGGAACUGAGAGACAGAGGCAGUUCUCUUCACUGCACACAACAGCAGCGGCCGCUCUCGCUCUCGCUCUACAUGCCUUUUUUCUCUUCUUUUCUUUCUGGAGUUGAGAUCUUGUUCGUCAGAGCAACGGGAGUUAGUGGAAACUGGGGCUCCAAGCUGUUAUCCAAACAUCCCAAACGCAGACCUGGCUGCCCACAUGCCGAUCGAAUUUGUUUGCAAAAUCAAAUUUGCAGAGGAGGAUGAGAAACAGAAAGGCAACCAGGAUGGGGACAAGGAGAGCCUGAUUGAGGAGAGCUGCAGCCCCCCAACCAAGGACUUGGCUGGCUUUGCCAGUGCCUCCUCGCUCCAUGGGAUUAACCACAUUUUUGUGUCGGGUCGGCUGGGCGUCAGACAGACCCUCUGGGCUCUUGCGUUCCUGGUGUCCCUGGCUCUCUUUCUGUACCAGGCAGCAAAGUGUGCCAUCUCCUACCUGGAGCAUCCUCAUGUCACGGCGCUGAACGAGGAGGCCACCCCGGAGAUGGUGUUCCCCGCCGUGACCAUCUGCAACAUCAACCGUUUCCGCUUUUCUGCUCUUACAGAUGCCGACAUCUACCACCUGGCCAACCUGACCGGCUUGCCCCCCAAGAACAAGGACGGCCACAAACCCACCGAUUUGGAGUAUCCGGCACCAGACAUGCAGGACAUCUUCAACCGGACGGGUCACCAGCUGGAAGAGAUGCUGAAGAGCUGCAACUUCAGUGGGCAGAACUGCUCGGCCGAAGACUUUACUGUGGUCUACACUAGAUAUGGGAAAUGCUACACUUUCAACGGGAACAAGACAACCUCCAGGAAGACAAAGCAAGGUGGGAUGGGAAACGGGCUGGAGAUCAUGUUGGAUAUCCAGCAGGAUGAAUAUCUGCCUAUCUGGAAGGAGACGAAUGAAACAUCUUUAGAGGCAGGAAUCCGUGUUCAGAUCCACAGUCAGGAUGAGCCGCCCUACAUCCAUCAGCUGGGCUUUGGAGUCUCUCCUGGUUUCCAGACCUUUGUAUCCUGUCAAGAGCAAAGGUUGACCUACCUGCCCCAGCCUUGGGGGAACUGCCGCUCCACCAGUGAGCAGAUGAUCCCAGGUUACGAUACCUACAGUAUCAGCGCCUGCCGUCUGCGCUGCGAGACUCUGGAGGUUCUGCGUGAGUGCAAAUGCAGGAUGGUGCACAUGCCGGGAGAUGCCAAUAUCUGUACUCCCAGCGAUAUCAAAUGUGUGGACAAAGCACUUGCACUGUUGCAGAAAAGUUCAGGUGACACAUGUUUCUGUGAGACUCCCUGUAACCUGACACGAUAUGGUAAAGAGCUGUCCAUGGUUAAAAUCCCCAGCAAGGGCUCGGCUCGCUACCUAUCUAGAAAAUACGACAAGUCCGAAGAUUACAUCAGAGACAACUUCCUUGUUUUGGACAUUUUCUUUGAAGCACUUAACUAUGAAACAAUAGAACAGAAAAAAGCAUAUGAUGUGGCAGGAUUAUUAGGCGACAUUGGUGGGCAAAUGGGUCUUUUUAUAGGAGCUAGCGUCCUCACCAUCUUGGAAAUUCUGGAUUAUGUAUAUGAGGUGAUCAAACACAGGUUGGAGCGUUUGCUGAGGCCACAAAGAGAUGACAAAAAGCAAACCCAGCAGCAGCAACAGGCCAGCACAGUCGCCACAGUAAACCUGGAGGAAAUGAAAGCUAAGGAUUCUAGCGAGAUGAGCCGGAGCCACUCAGAAGGAGCUUACGCCAACACCGUCCUCCCAAAUCACCAUCAUCACCACCGUACCCACCACCGAGUGUUCGAAGACUUCGCCUGCUAGGAAGGUCUUGCCGCUGUUGACGUCUGCAGAAGGAGCGCUGAAAGUGGGCUCAAUGAAAGACCCUCAGAUCUCAGCGCUAAUCUCUCUCUCGCUGUCACCAGAUAAAGCUACAGCCAAAGUCGAACUCUUAAACCCUCGCUUCUAACCGAACGGACAUACACGGAUCGGAUGCUGCGGUCCAGCAGGAGACCCUACGAAAUCCUGCCCCUUUCCCAACUCCUUUCGCAGGACUCUACGAUUUCUACACCGGGGACCUUGGUGUUACAUCAAGGCAUAGACUGCAUGACAUCUAGAGCCACUUUAUACUCCAGGUCAUUGCGUUCUUACUUUCUAUUUUGUCAGCUGUUAGAGUUUUAUUCGGUGAGUUCUCAUCUUGUGAAAUAUAUAAAUUCUACCAAUGUAAAUGAUGUAUUUGAAUCAUGGCUAUCAACCCCAGUAGGAUCCAGACUCUGGAAUUUCGCCGAAAUCAUGGGGACGGUGUAGAAUAGUUUAGGUGUUUCAGAAAAGUAACAUGUAUCCAUCUCUAUUGGAUCUGUCUGGUAAAUGUUUCCUUUAUCUCCAAUGGUUUAUGAUUCAUUUAACUUAAAGUAUAUCGAAUAAUCCACCAAUUUUUUCGUAAUGUUAUUUAUAGAGAUGUAUCGUGUGAGUGGUAAUGGGUGUCAUUAGCAGUAACAACAUGAUCUUCUUGUGAGGUUAUUUCCCAAUGGAGAACCGAAUGAUGUGUGUACAGUGAAGCCCAAGAAGAAGCCGCUGCGGUAGCCAUAUGGAAAAGGUUUGUUUCAUCCAUCCAUCAGCUGAUGGAUCCACUCUCUCCCAAACCUCCCAAAAGUGUUUAAUAAAACAGACCUUAUGUUGCUAGUUUCGCUUUUGAAUGAGACGGAGUGCAUCGGUUCCAUGGAGAAUGAUAAAGCGGGUUUGCUCAGCACAUUCACACAACUAUGAGUAAUCUGGUGCACCGCAGCAUACGGCUGGGUGUUUAAAAGUGGUUCGAUGAGUUUUUCUCAGGCUUCCAAGAUGUGAAAUGUCUAGCGCUCUCUUUUGACAAAAGGCCAGAUGUGCAAAGCAUUUCAAUCAGAAUCCACCGACUCUUCUUUGGGGAAAAUUUAGCAAGUACUGACAUACAAUGGCGAUUCAAAGAGUACAAAUGUUUCUCUUUUUUACCGUCCGAAUAUUAUAUAUGCAGGUAUUGAUUUCCUGCAUGGUGGUUACAAAAUUGCUAAUAAUAUUACUGUGUCAACCAUGUA